AAAUCCCAUGCCUGUUUUUCCUUUAUAACCCCUUCUCUUCUUCUGCCCUAACCUUCCUUCUUUCGCUUCGCAUCUCAAUUCGCAUAUUCCCUCUUUUCUUCAGCUAAGUUUCUCUUUCUCUCUCUAGCUGUUUCCUUCGUUUCUUUUGAUUUAGCUUUUCUUUCUUUCUUUGAUUGAGAUUUUGUUUUCAAAGUUGUAUAAAUAUUUGGUCUUUCAUCGGAAAAAUCAUAAUCUAGGGUUUCAAAUUAGGGGUUUUGUUGACUCCUUUCUCUAGAUCUAUACAAUUUGAAUUGUUUUUCUGGGUUGUGAUUCAUAUUUGGUGGAUUCGUAGACUACGCCAAUGAAUUUAGAUAUUCUAUGACAUUCUCUUCCCUCAUGCGGCGGAUCCGUUUGCUUCACUCGUUCUCAGUUGUCUUUCUCUACUGGUUCUACGUGUUUUCAUGAAUUAAUCUUCAUCGUCAUAAUCAGUAUAAUUAAAUUUCGUAUUCAGUUAAUCUGUUUCUUUUAAUUUCUGUCCUUUUUUUUUUCCCGUUCCCUGCUUAAUUUUCAAUUCCGAUCCCCAAUUUUCCUAAUCCAAUUCUUAAGUCUCUAAUUCAAAAAGAGAACAAAAAAACCCCAAAUGUCAUCGAUUCAACGCCAGGCGAGCUCCGGCUCCGACGGGUCAGCGACGGUGGUCGACGAGAAGAAGAGAAAGCGGAUGCUUUCUAACCGUGAAUCGGCACGGCGUUCCCGGAUGAGGAAGCAGAAGCAGUUAGAGGAUCUAACUGGAGAAACGGGUCGAUUGCAGAUGGCGAUUAACCAGAUUCAGCAGAGCAUCAAUGCGAAAGAGCAGGCUUAUUCUCAGGUUGAGUCUGCCAACAACGUGUUGAGGGCUCAAGCCAUGGAACUCACCGAUCGCCUCCGCUCUCUCAACUCUGUUCUCCAGAUCGUUGAAGAUGUCAGUGGCCUCUCCGUCGAUAUUCCCGAGAUACCUGAUCCUCUCAUGAAGCCAUGGCAGCUCGCCUACCCCAUUCAGCCCAUCACGGCUUCCGCAGACAUGUUUCUCAACUGAAUAACGUGUGUCGUUUUACCCUACAAUCUAUGUCGUUUUGGUUUGGUUUGGCGUAAUGUAAUGUUCCUACUCUACUAUUUGUCAAUGUGGUGAUUUUAGAGUCGUUUUGGCAUUAGGACUUGUCGUUUUUGUGUUUAGCUUAUUAGCUUUUCUUUAAAACUCAGUGUCGUUUUGGUUAUUGCUGUUUGUCGUUGUACAAAGAUUGUAUCAUUAGCUUAUUAAUAUUAUUAUGGGUUGUUUGUGCUUCA